AUGCCGAAAUCUCUUACUUCUUCUGAAAUCCAUGAGAUAACGAAUAUCAUCCGUUCAAUAUGGAUUGACGAAAGGGUUUUGGAUCAGAUAAUUUCGAUCUGCUCAACAGAAGUCCCCAGAAAACUACAAAUGACGAACAAGCCAGCUUUUGCGUAUCCAUCGACGAUUGAUCAGGCUUCGAUUCUCCUCUUUGUGAAUUCUGAAGCUGUCAUCUCCACACGCAUCACCCCGAAGAAAUUCCAGGAAUAUUUGUGGGUCGGUUCUAAGUACAUGAAUAGAAGACCAACUGCUGUAGUUAGAAAAUCAGCUAGACUUACUUCGGAGUUCGAAACUUCGGAAACUGGGCAGGGUUCGGUCCAUCUCGAGUUCGCCGACGACGUGGUAAUAUUCGCUUCUAGCAGCGCAAAGUCGCAGCAUGCUGUGAGCCUUGCACCCGAAUUAACUGCAGCCUAUGGACGUUCUGACAAAUACAAGAAGAUGUGGGUUCUUUUCGAGGCCCUCAACGGGAUUCAGCGUAGACAGACAACUUAUUGA